GCGAGCUAGCGAGCGCGAGCGCCAGGGCCAGGGCGAACGCGAACGCGAAGGAGUGAGUGAAUGCAUGUGGACGAGGGCGGCCGAGCUCGCACCAGGAAGAGCUGUAGAGCAAUUUCGUCGCGCCGUGGCGAUUCGAUUGCGAUUGGAACAUGAUCGUCGAGUCUCCGUGUACGCAAUUGCGAUCUCAUGCGGAUUUGAGCGAGCUGAGCUCGAGCUUCCUCCGCGCCAAGUACCGGGCGACGACGAGAAAUCGAGAAAUCGAGACCACGGCGAGCACGAGCACGAGGACGAAGACGAGGACAGGUCGCGGAAGCCAGAGCAGCAGCGAGAGAUUUUGCUGCCUUUCUGUGGUGAGGCGUUUUGCUGAGAGAGGGAGGGCGAGGGCGAGGGCGAGGGCGAAGGCGAAGGACGAGGAGCGUGAGUAGGGAGCCGACAGUUAUCAGACGGUCGCACCUCGUCGGUCAGCGGUCUUGCCUGCAAGUUUGACAUCAUGGCGAGCGAGAAGAAGGAUGCCAAUUCCCAGAAUACUCAGGAUCAGCUCAAGCGAGCAGAAAUUUACACUUACGAGGCACCGUGGCUUAUUUACGGCAUGAAUUGGAGUGUACAGAGGGAACACAAGUUCCGUCUUGCCAUUGGAAGUUUCAUCGAGGAGUACUCGAACAAGGUGGAAAUUGUGAGGCUUGAUGAUGAGACGGGUAAGUUCAAUUCGGAUCCGAAGCUUUCCUUCGAACACCCGUAUCCCACGACGAAAAUAAUGUUCAUCCCCGACAAGGAGAGCCAAAAGCCUGACCUCAUGGCCACCACCGGAGACUAUCUACGCAUCUGGCAGAUCAAUGAAGACAAGGUGGAGCUCAAGAGUCUUCUCAACAACAACAAGAAUAGCGAGUACUGCUCCCCGCUUACGUCGUUUGAUUGGAAUGAGACUGAGAUGAGACGGCUGGGUACCUCCAGUAUCGAUACAACCUGCACUAUCUGGGACAUAGAGAAGGAGGUGGUAGACACGCAACUCAUUGCUCACGACAAGGCUGUAUAUGAUAUAGCUUGGGGAGGAGUAGGAGUGUUUGCUUCAGUGUCGGCCGAUGGAUCUGUGAGGGUGUUCGAUCUGAGAGAUAAAGAGCACUCUACGAUCAUCUAUGAGAAUCCUCAACCUGACACUCCUCUUCUUCGACUUGGGUGGAACAAACAAGACCCGCGCUACAUGGCGACCAUUGUCAUGGACUCUGCGAAGGUCAUUGUUUUGGACAUUCGAUUCCCCACGCUGCCAGUGGCAGAGCUACAACGCCAUCAGGCUUGUGUAAAUGCAGUAGCAUGGGCUCCUCACAGCUCCUGCCACAUCUGCACAGCGGGUGAUGAUUCGCAGGCUUUGAUCUGGGACUUGUCCACUAUGAGCACACCCGUGGACGGAGGUCUCGACCCUAUUCUUGCUUACACGGCAGGGGCUGAAAUCAAUCAGCUUCAGUGGUCGUCUACGCAGCCGGACUGGGUGGCCAUAGCAUUUUCCAACAAGUUGCAGAUUCUCAGGGUGUGAGGUUUUAAGUACUUCUCACCAAUUUUGGUGGACAUCUGGGUGUGAAAUAAUCGGGGCCUUGAUGCAAGGGAAGAAGGGCGAUUCACCCAUUUGCGGGACGAUGGUGAUGACAUCCUCCUUUGCAUUCUCUAUGCAGUGAUGAUUUUUAGUUUGGCGCUGUAUCACAUCUCUGGAUCGGAUGGUCAACUUUGAGCAGAUUCAUUGGAAUGUGAGUACUCAGCAGAAGCAUUGUAACAGUACGUCGGAGGUUUCGUAUUGGAGCCUAGAGAAUUUAGUCGAAUCUGGAGUAGUAUACUGGACCUUCUCAUCUUUCCCCUAGGAUCCCAGUCUGGGCAGGGGUUGGAGGCGUGGCCGAUUCUAGCCUGCAGACCAGAGCAAACUUACACGAUCAAUGUUCUGCAUUAUACUAUGGCUGGCCGACCAUUGAUCUCUCAUUGCGAACUGAAAGUAUUUGUGUAGGAAACAGAGUCAUGUACAUCUCGAAUCCAUUGCCCAUGGUUUGCUGCUGGUUGGAUUAGUAUCUGGAAGCGAAACUGCUCCUUCCGGCAAGGCCGUGUCGAAUGUGCCUAUUUUGUGGAUGCAAGGUACCAGGAUAUGCACUAUCGGAUACAGCUUUUGCUCUGACGGUCGAGAUGACAUGGAUGACCUGAAGUGAUCUGCCACAACAGCAGGUGCAUCUUUUGAGGUGGAGAGUCACUCUUCGAGAGGAUUUUCAUAGUAAUGGGUAUGGGAGUUGUAGAUGACGCAUCAGCUUGCGUUAUGGCGCUCAUGACUUGCCCAGAGAUGUCAUUGGUGUUGUCGAAUGAAACGUCUGUGGUCGUAGCACCAACCUGUAGGUAUGUCAUUUUCUCGAAGCGAAGCUCUUCUUUAUCACAAGAAAGGCUGCCUUCUGGAAGUCAGAGGAAAAGCCAGAGUUUGGAGUGUUCCAAUGGUAGGUUGGUAGGCCGGUACGAGCAAGGAAGUCCAGACAGAGUCUCAGACUGUUGGCUGGCAAUUAAAACCAACCAGUACCUCACAACAGAAGUCAUGGUGUCAAAUCAACAGAUGCUCGAAGAUGAGUGUUAUGUUCAAGCUUACUAUCUGGUCUUCUGUAUACACGAGGGGUACCGCAUCAAUCCGAUCUUCAAUCCAGAUACGUCCUCCUCGGGCAUGUGACCUUCGUGUUCUGUCCGGUCUUUGCUAGCGGGUGUAACGUUGAAUAUUGGAUCAGAACGUGAACGUGAGCCUGGUCCAGAGGAGCCCAGCUCGGUGGGAUAUGUAUCAUAGUGGAGAUGGGAGCUUUAUAAACACUAUCCAGGUGGUUAGGUAAGAGAAUGAGGAUAGACACGAAGAACAGUCUCAAACCUCUGCUUAUACAUCUUUCAUUGGUGACUUUCUUAUGGGAGCACUGUGUGUACUAUUGAAACAGAGUUGGAAUGACAAUUAAGUUUACUGACAGCAGC